CAGCGUCCCCUGGCUAAAUGCUAAUGCUAUCACACACUGGUUUGCAGCGGCCCUAGAUAGCAACAAAAUAAACUAACAAAUAACCUUAACUCCGAAUUUGCUCUUUAACGCGAACUUUUGCUUUUAAACCACAUUGCGCUAUCGCGAUCGGUUAAACGGGCUUAAUGUAGUUAAUGUUUGGUUACUAAGUGAAAGAGGGUAGAUUAUUUUGGCGCUCGGGCGGACCUGAGCUAGUUUAGCUAAUGAUUCUUACUUUUCAAAAAGUUAACGUAUAAACGUGGGAUAAUAUGUGGAAUAUUAAGCGAUAAAAAAGACCCAUCCUGACUGACCAAAAGCUUACCAAUCGCUUCAAGCAAAGCCAUCACGUAUGUAAACCCUUUCUACAUGUAGAGAAUGACUUGUUUGCUUUGGCUGGGGAAUGAACCAGGAACCCUGGUGGCUGGAUCUGGGUAUCAAAUGGUCUGAAGAAGCCAUGGGAAGCUGUUUUAGCUGUCCAGAUAAAGAAUCGAUCCCUGACAAUCACCAGAGUAAAUUUAAGGUGGUGAACGUGGAUGAUGACGGAAAUGAGCUGGGAGCAGGCAUCAUGGAGCUGACCGAGGACGAGCUGGUCCUGCGCACGCGCAAAUGCGAUGCUGUGAAGUGGCCUUACCUGUGCCUGCGGCGCUAUGGCUACGAUUCGAAUCUCUUCUCGUUCGAGAGCGGCCGUCGCUGCCAGACAGGUCAAGGGAUAUUUGCCUUCAAGUGUUCACGUGCUGAGGAGAUCUUCAACAUGCUGCAGGACAUCAUGCACAAUAACAGCAUCAGCGUCGUCGAGGAGCCAGUGUUUGAGCCCAACCUCGCACAAACUGAACCAGAGCUUCCACUCACACCGCACACACCAACCACUCCUGGAAACCUCCUCCCUACCUUACCCAAUGGCAGCUUACGUUAUCCCUCGUUGGGGGAUGCGUCCUCUCACCCCUCUAGUCGGCAUCCGUCGGUCGGGAGCACGUGCCUCCCAUCACUGGGCGAGGAGUCCACACACUUGCUGCUAGCUGCGGAAGAGGCUGUGAGGGGGCACACAUACGUGAACACCACGGGUCUGCUGGAGCAGCACAGCCCAAGUGUUUUAGAAGUUCCUGCAGACCUGAACGUAUCUUUAUCAGACGGAGAGGAAGCAGUUCCUCAAGAGGCCCCUGAUCCUGGCCCUCGAGUGCAGCUGGAGCCCGAAGGAGCUCGCUUUGUGCUGGGCCCCACUCCAGUGCAGAGACAGAGGCAGAGAGAGGCCAGUUUGUCAGGACAGCAGAGCGUGGCCCAGAACUCAAAUGGGAGUGUGGUUUCACCCCCGAGCGGUACAAACGCCAGCGACAGCGCUAGGUUUGAGGAAAGCUCUCCUGGCGCACUGGAGAACUUCACCGUCUCUCGCCGCCGCGCUCCUCUCACUCCCGACACCAAUGUCAACAACUCUGCCCAGCGCAGGACGGCUCUACUGGACUACGAGAACCUCCCCGCCCUGCCGCCCCUGAGAGAGCACCCCAAGGGCAGCUCGGAGGAAGAGGACGGAGAUGAGGCCAUCAAUGGCUUCCACAGCCAUCGGCAGCACAGCCCUGACCCCACUCAUUACUACAUCAACACGGAGAACGUGACCGCCCCCCUCAGCGCUAACAAGCUGGAGUCGGCCCGCUGGCGGGAUCGCUCCGCCCCGACCUUCUUCAACUCCGAUUUCCGUCGCCCCUGUUUGGAGUCCCACAGACUGAACUACAUAGAGGUGGAGACUGAGACGGAGAACUCCAGCAACCCUCAGACCCCAAAGACACCCACUUCACCGCUGCCCCAGACGCCCACUCGCAGGACAGAGCUGUACGCGGUCAUCGACGUGGAGCGCACUGCUGCCAUGUCCAGCCUGCAGAAAGCACUGCCUCGUUACGACGGCACCUCCAGGAAAACCCGCCAUAACAGUGUUGAUCUGCCCAUGUGAACACUCCUCAGACUUCACCAGUUCAUUCCAAAGGCAGGCGGACUUUAGGGCUGCAAAGGGGUGGAAGCUCUCCAAAAACGCAUCCAAAAAAAUGAUGGAAUGUUUCUGAAACUUAUUGGAAAUAUUUCCACCUUUUUGCAGCCCUGCUUGAUAUUGAGGCUGGGGAAAAUAAAUCAAUGCAUCGAGAAAUCGAUUCUGUGAUUUUUCCGAAUGCUUCACAAUUCUUUCUCCAGUCGAUUUUUGAGCUUACUUUUGAACAGCAGAUGGCGCUGCAUGCUUGUCUCCCAAAUUAUUUAUUAAAUUCAAAAAGGUUGAAGCAAACUACAAAGGUGUUCUUGGUGGGAUGCUUACAUUAAUCUUGCAUCAUAAAAGCAUUCUUAGCUAGGCUGUUUAGCGCUCUUCUUCAUGAGCAUUUGAGUGUGCAAAAAAAAAAACUUGAGUAGAGCGCCAUCUACUGUUAAAAUCUGAGCUAAGAAUCAAUUUCAGAGAGAAUUGCGUUUAAUUCGGAAGGUCUCCGAAUCGAUUCUGCAUCAGUUUAUUGCAACAGCCCUACUUGAUAUCACAGAAGUGGUUUUGUUUGUAACGCUCGUAGGGAUUUCAUGUAGUUAAGAGCGUCUCUCUGUCUCAUGUUGGCUUGAGAAAAUUAACAGAGGAGCUCGCCAUAUACCUUCAUUUUAUUCCUAUGGUAAUAUACUACUACUUUUCUUACACUCGUUUUUCAGUGCCUGUUUAUUUUUGUUUUAUUAUGUUAAUAACAAGUUUGGACAACAUUCCACAGGUCCAUUCCGUACGGUACAAAUCAGUAUUACUGAUCAUGUUUUUUUGCCUUUAUUUACCCUUUAUCAAGUGACUAAGUUGUUUUAAAACCUGUAUCUAAAGAUAACUUCACACACUACAUUUUGAAUUUUUGGCUUCUUAUAGUAGAUUUCAAUACGUGGCACAAUAAAAGUCUAUUUUGUUUCA